GCACGCAGCUCGCUCCCACUGCUCCCUGCCCACACAUCCACACGUCGACGUGCACGAGGGCGCGGGGCCCGCGGCCGGGCUGCAGGAUGCGGCUGCUCCUGGAGGCAGCGAUUCUGUGCCUGACCCUGUGCCUGGGGCACGGCACCGAGGAAACCACGCAGGAGAACACCGCCCAAACCUCCUACACAGAAUCCUACUUUCCAGAGUGGGGUAUCGGGGCCAUCCGGGACAGCUUCGAGACGGUUAACAGCUACUUUGACUCCUUCUUGGAACUGCUCGGGGGGAAAAAUGGUGUUUGCCAAUACAGGUGUCGAUACGGGAAGGCUCCGAUGCCACGACCUCACUACAAGCCCCAAGAACCAAAUGGCUGCAGCUCCUAUUUUCUGGGGCUCAAGGUACCCCAAAGUCUAGAUUUGGGUAUCCCUGCCAUGACCAAGUGCUGCAACCAGCUGGACGUUUGUUAUGACACCUGUGGGGCCAACAAAUACCGCUGCGAUGCCAAGUUCCGCUGGUGCCUCCAUUCCAUCUGCUCUGAUCUCAAGCGCAGCCUUGGCUUUGUCUCCAAGGUGGAAGCCUGCGAGUCCGUCGCAGACACAGUGUUCAAUGCAGUCUGGACCCUGGGCUGCCGGCCCUUCAUGAACAGCCAGCGGAGCGCCUGCAUUUGCAGUGAGGAAGAGCGAGAUGAGCUAUGAAGCAGAACAGAUCCUCCUGGCCUCCACGAGCCACUGCCAUCGCUCCCUCUCACACACGGCACUUCAUCUCAGUGACUUCCAGCAGCCCUCUGGCCACACACGAGACAUGGGGACCUUGGCCAAGCAACACGCAUCGGCUGCAGCUUUGGGACAGAAGACUGCAAAAGGGGAGGCGGCCUGUGCAGUAGGGCAGAGAUGCCUGCUGUCCUCCGGAGCUGCAGUUACACUGCCCUAUCCCUUUCCAGCUCUAUCAGAAUGAUCUGAUGCCAAUUUUCUCUGCAG